AUGUUUUAUCGCACAAGCAAGUUUGUUCCUAUACACUCAAUUCUAAUAAUGGGAAGAAGUAAAUUACAAAUAUAUGGUCCAAAUGGUGAAAUUUAUCAACCUACAUUAAAACUUCAAUCAAAUACUAAUCCUGAAAAAGAUGCUGAAGAACUUUAUCAAGCAAUGAAAGGAUGGGGAACUGAUGAACAUCGUAUCAUUAAUGUUUUGGGUUAUCGUAAUUCUAUUCAACGAAUUCAAAUACGAGAAACGUUUAAAGCAAUGUAUGGAAAGGAUUUAAUAGAUGAAUUAUCUAGUGAAACAAGCGGUCAUUUUAAAAAACUACUUAAAAUGUUAUUAACUGAUAUAGAUAUAGUGAAUGCACGUGCAUUAUAUAAAGCAAUUAAUGGUGCAGGUACUGAUGAAGAAACAAUUAUUGAAGUUUUAUGUACAUCAACUAAUACUGAAAUUGAAAAUAUUAAACAAGCUUAUCAAUAUGUUCUAAAGGCUUAUGGAGUCAGCGAUCCUAGAAGAACUUUAGAAAGUGAUGUUCAAAAUGAUUUAAGUGGACAUUUUCAAAAUCUAGUCGUUGCAUUACUUCAAGCUAGUCGUGAUGAAAUUUCAUAUGAAGAUGUUGAAAAAAUUAGUACAAAAGGAUUGAAAAGUAUAGUGAAUAUGAAUCAAGUUGAACAAGAUGUUGAAGCACUAUGGGAUGCUGGUGAAGCGCAUCUAGGAACUGAUGAAUCUGCUAUCAUUCGAAUUGUAACCGGUCGAAAUGUUUGGCAUUUACAAGAGGUUGCUCGUCUGUUUGAAAAGAAAUAUGAUAAAACAUUGGUUGAUUCAUUAGCGUCUGAAACAUCUGGAGAUUUUGAAAGUGCUCUUUUAUUAACCUUAAAUACUUGUUUAAAUCGUCCAAAAGCUUAUUCUGAUUUAUUGCUGAAAGCAAUGAAAGGUGCCGGUACCGAUGAUUGUACACUAAUGCGUAUUAUUGUGACAAGAAGUGAGUUUGAUUUAGGAAGUAUUUGUUCACAAUUUCAUAAUGAUCAAGGUAGUUCACUUGAAGAUUGGAUACGUAGUGAAACAUCUGGUGAUUAUAGACGACUUCUAUUAGCAUUACUUGGUGCUGAUUGGCAAUAG